AUGCCCUGCGUGUCCACGACGGGGAAGGGACCCAACGGGAAGACGAUAACCGGGUUGCUGUACAGGUACACGGCGGCGGAGGUCUCCAUCGUCUGCGUCUGCCAUGGGAGCUUCUUCUCCCCCGCGGAGUUUGUCAAACACGCCGGGGGAACCGAGAUGGAAGCGGCCAACCCUCUGCGGCACAUCACCGUCGUCCCCUUCUGA